AGCUGGACCGACAUUGCAGAAGACUACCGACUGACUGGUCUACAAAUAACCUUGCUUCAUAAAAAAACUACUCAUUAUUAUUUGUAGAUCAGUCAAUCGUUCACCAUUUACCCACAAUGCAUCAUGGACGUGAUGCUCUCAAACACGGCCAUGGACUUUAAAGGCUAAGACAUGGUUGAAAGUGCAAACAAUUUAUGUAAGUAUUUGUCUUGAGUACGCAGCAGUCACAAGCCGAAUGAAACAGCUAACGUGGAAUCGUAGCCUAGUGUGUAAGUGGGGGUUGAUGUUGUAGUAGUCUGUCUCAAGGACGUGGAAAUAGCAGGACAAACUCCAGUAGCGAGCGAGAAGGGGACUCGGAUGAAUUGUUAGCUAACGUUACGGAUAGCUUAGAGUGGAUAUCAAGUAUGUCUUGACUACAAAAUACUUCUCAACAUAUCCACCGCAGUACACGAUUUUCAGGCCUCGUUCAAUGGAAGAUGGUGUAGCUAGUUCCAUAAUCUCUAAAACAUCUGACAGCUACGGCAAAAGGGGGAUAUUUUCUCGAUUGAAGGGAAUAUAUGGGAUCGCAAGUUUCAUCGGAUGAGAUGAGUGUGCGCGGGGGGCAGGGUAGUGACGAGGUGCUGGUGUCCCAGGCGGUGUGGGACUACCUGGCUGCCGCUGGCCAGCCCUGGCUCAUAGACUUUCAGGACAAGCAGGGCUUGAGCGCCGGCAUCAUCCGCCGAGGUGAGCGGGGAGGCUGCUGUGCAGUGCGGCUUCGCCCCGUAGAGGGAUCCCGUUCUGGGGGACGACCCGGGAUGAUGGAGGAAGGUCCCAUCUCCAACGAGACCCGCAAGGCCUUCAUAGACUUAUGCCGCUGCGCCCGCAAAGAGAUGAGCAAACAGGAUGGGGGUCCUAAACGGAAGAGGUCCCUGCUGCCCUGCGUUGGGGUGGGGGUCCUGGAGGGGGAUGGAGAGGGGAGCCUGCUACCACCUCAGCCUCCCCAGCCCAGACGCUCUCAGAGGCAGCAACAGAGAUAUAAGAAGCCAGCGGAGGAAGAGGCCUGUGUGGUCCUCUCCAACUCCAUGUCCCACAACGAAUCCGGACAGAGGAAGAAGGACAACAUGGAGGUCAGCUGCAGUAUGAUGGCCUCCUCUCAUAACCAAUCCCACAGUGAGGCAGACGACUGCACCUCAUGUUCCAUCUGCAUGGGUGACAUGGUGGAGAGGACCACGCUGGAGAGGUGCGGCCACGCAUUCUGUCGGUUGUGUCUAGACCAGGCCUUCAAGGUGAAGAGAGCGUGUCCUGUGUGUCGUCAGGUGUACGGCCAGCUCAUAGGGAACCAGCCGGCUACCGGGUGUAUGAUGGUGGAGCGGGACCCAGAUCUGGAGUUGCCAGGACACGAGGGUUAUGGGUGUAUCUGCAUCAUCUACAGCUUCCCACCUGGUUUACAGGCGCCAGAGCACCCUAACCCGGGGGUGAGGUACCCUGGGACGGACCGCGUGGCUUACCUCCCAGACAGCCCAGAGGGGAACCGGGUCCUGGGCCUGCUCCGCCGGGCCUUCGAACAGCGCCUCAUCUUCACCAUAGGGACCUCCAUGACCACAGGAAUGCAUAAUGUCAUCACCUGGAACGACAUCCACCACAAGACCUCCUUAUGGGGCGGACCACACUGCUUUGGAUACCCAGACCCCACUUACCUGGUGAGAGUGACCGAGGAACUCCGAGAGAAAGGCAUCGCUGCAGACUGACCGUACAGAUUCUAGAAUGAUUAUUCUAGGAACAUUUUAGGAACCUCUGGCUGCCCUGCUGCUGCUGGUGGUUGCUAGGCUGCAGUCUCCUGGACCUAGACCCAGCAGAGCAGCGGAUGAAUACGAGAUGUGACUGGGCCCCACAGCAGCCACAGGAGUACGGCCCAGUGGAGGCCCACAUAUCCCUACAAGACCACUUGAUGGGGUGACUCCUACCUUCUACUUCAGUCGAAUUUUCACUAAUCAUGCAUUGAUGUCAAUUGGAGACCAUUUGACUUAAGUGGAAGUGAACAUUUAUCUAAAGUGGAAUUUAGGAUUCACCCUUAUGUUCCUAUCCUCGUUAUCUAUCUUCCGAGUUCGGCUCAACCCAGCAGCACUUUGUGUUGAAGAAAACAUACAAAUGAGUGCAGUGCAAUCUCUGUGUGAGCUGUUUUUGGCUCCACUCAUCCAAGUAUUUAUCAUAUAGGGAUUCAUAAUGUGAAGGUACAUACUACUUAAAUAUUAUUUUUAAACCUAAGUUCAGAGUCCUAUUUUGUCUGUUAUAUUUAUGUUUAUUUCCACGCACAUUCUUUAUUUACCUGUUAAAAACACAUGAUUUGUGCUCUGUCCAGUACACUCUUAGAAUAAUUAUAUAUUUUUUUAUGUAAUUAUGUUAAUAAUAACCUGUUAUUUACACUGUAUUAAGACAGUACUAGAGAUAGUUGGUGGCAGGCAGAAUACUACUGUCUGUUUCAAUAGAAAGCUCCUAAUGAAAUAAUUAAAUUUCUCUGAAAGGA